AUGCCCCGUUGUUUUAAAGACAAACCGUGUAACAAAAACAUCCUCGCUACUGGAAUUCUGUCCUCAGCGUACAACAUCCAGGGUAUUAUCAGUCAUCCCAAAAUAUCCUUACCACAAAUGCCCACUCAAAGCCGCCAUUCGGCACUAUUUCCAUGCGCAAACCUUCAGGAUUUAUGGUAUCUGGAGGGGGUGGAGAAGAGGCUCGCCCGGCGUUUCGGAAUGAACUCUGAUCAAGGUAUCGACUCUGAGGUGGUACUACAAGAAGCAACAAAGCGUGCUGCCUCAGAAGGAUAUGUUCGUGGGGUUUCUCUAGAAGUUAUUGGAAUGCCGACGUCAAAGAAAGAUGUAAAUGAUUUGAUAAAGCUCGACAGCAUUCGGAGGGACCAUGCCACGCGCAUUGCUGGCGAUUCUGGGAGAGUCUCCCAGUUGCCUACCGCAGCUACCCCGCACCGCACAUCUCAAUUUUGGGCUGUCCUUAUCGGCAUCAAUGCAUACAAGUCCAAUCCUUUACAGGGCUGUGUAUCUGACGCUUUAUUGAUGAAGAAUGAGGCUAUAGUGUCCAUUCGCUACAAAAAUUCCCUAUAA